UCAUAAACAAUUUCGCGUAGGUUAUCUCAUCGAAAAAUCGUAUCGCGAAAUCGUAUCGCGAAUGGCCAUAGAAAGUUGCUACUAGUCCAGAUUUUAUUCAAGAUGCAUCAAAGUGCAGAAAUUAUCUGCUGAUAAUUAAUAAACAAUCGAUUAAUGCGAGGUGUGAACAAUGCCGUGUACCGGUGUACAUAUAUAUAUAUAUAUAUAUAUAUUAACGUUGACGAACAAUAAUUAAUUAUCACUUCAUAACAAUGGAAAUCGUAUCGAAAAUGGUCCUUGAAUAUUGCUAGUGAUCUAUACUUGACAACAAAAUUGCAAAAGUGGAUGAAUUUUUCUUGGAAAGUUAGAAAAUUAUUGAUAAUGUUUACCAACAUUCGGUGGCGUGUCGCUAUCCUUGUCUUUCAUGAUCCUUUCUCUUUCUUACACAUUUACUUGAGCAGCUUGUGCUUCGGGCGAUAUCAUUUGUGGGUCCGUAAACGAGGCUUUUUCAAAUUUAUUUAUUUAAAUUGGAAUGGAUAACCAAUUGAAGCGUGCGAUUGUUUCUAACAUACUUUCGCAUGCUUAAAUAAUAUUUUUUAUUUAAUCUAGCAUGAAACUUGCAAGAAUAAAUGCAAUUUAGACAACGUUCGAUGCAAUACAAUAGUCUUACCAUAGUUUACAAAGAAUUCUUUGUAAAUAGAUUAUUAUUACAAAUUUCAAACUUAUAAAAUUUAGAACAGAGUAACAUACAAUAGUUGUAUUAACAUGAUACGUCAAAUACAACAAACUAACGCUUAAAACAUUCAAAAUACGGCAAGAUAGAAAAACAUAUAGAACUAUUGUUAACUUUCUUUAACAUCUUAAGUUGGAAUAAUUGAUCUAAAUAAUGUCUGUGGAUCAUAAUGAAAGAUAUAUUUUCGAGGCUGAAUGGUAUGACAAGAUAGCUACUAUCCUGAAAAAGUUCUACUUAUAUUAUUACCCCUACGACAAUACAGUAGAAUUGUUUGAUUUAAAAGCUAGAAAAACUUUCCUAAGAAGAACACAAUGCGAAGGUAUUCAAGCAAAGGACUUUUAUGUAGGUGCAGUCGUGACAAUAUUUUCAAGGAAUAUAAAAGUAUUGGACUAUGGGGAUUGCAUUACACGGACAAAACUGCAGACAAAAAUGCAAAAAACUUUCGCAAUUGUAAAGACAGAAGUUCUGGACAAGUUGGGUGAGAUACUAAAACGAAUAAUGUUCUGCAAUUUUCGCAUUACAAACAUUAAAAUGGUCAAAUUGACUAAAGAUGAAGCAGCAGCAUUUUGUCAAGAUAUGGGAGAUGAUACUAAUAUAGCGUAUAUUGUAAAUCAACUUACCUCCGGUCCUAUUGUGGCUCUUGAAUUAUUGGGUGAUCAUGCAGUUACUUAUUGGCUUGAAGUGAUGGGGCCAGAAGAUAGCGAGGAAGCUAGAGCUAAAGCUCCAUCCUCUCUCAGAGCAUGUUAUGGUAAAGAUAGCGUUCAUAACGCGGUGUAUGGUUCAUCGAACGAAGAAGCAGCUAUUAAGGAGCUACAAUUCUUUUUCCCCGAUUCAAAAAGUAAAUUGAGAGGACCUUCUAAUACAGCUACUUUAGAAAAUUGUACUUGCUGUAUCAUUAAACCACAUGCUGUUCAAGCUAAAUUGACUGGACACAUUAUCGAUGACAUUCAGAAAGCUGGUUACACCAUCUCUGCUGUGCAACAAUUUAAUGUUAACCAAUUCGACGCGGAAGAAUUUUUAGAAGUUUACAAGGGCGUCCUCCCUGAUUAUGGGGCAAUGGUAGCUGAAUUACAAUCAGGGCCAUGUAUCGUUAUGGAAUUAAAACACAAAGAUAAAAAUUUCGACGUUCAAGGAGAAUUUAGAAAAUGGUGUGGACCGAUGGAUCCGGACAUCGCGCGACAAAUAAGACCGGAUACGCUUCGAGCAAAGUACGGGAAAACCAAAGUACAGAAUGCUAUACAUUGCUCUGAUUUACCGGAAGAUGGAAGUUUAGAGGUGGAAUAUUUCUUCAAAAUUCUCGACAGAAGCUAGACACCGAAGAAUAAUGUGUCAAACAUACGUACUUUGUACGAGACAAAUCAAUUAACUAUUAUCCGAUACUUCUUCAUUAUACCCAUUGUUGUAUGUACAUUAAUAAAAUACAAACAUGCCACGCUUAACAUUCCAUCGAAAACAAUGUUAACGGACUGAACAAAUUUUUUAAUAAAAUAUUUCUAGAAUGUAUCGCGCAGCCAAAGAUGUGAAAUUUUUUUGUACACUUUUGUAAUAAAGAAUGCUUUAAUAACUUGA